AUGGGAACUGAAAGAUGUAUGGUCUUAUUCACCUUCUUCUUGCUUUUGACCGUCCCUGUUCGAACUCAGAGAACAAAGACAGAGUUCACUUUCCGAGGUUUUACGGGAAACCAGUCGGAGAUUCUGACGACAGAAGCUGCGAUGAUCAAACCCGACGGACUGCUGAGACUCACUGACCGAAACUCAAACGUUACCGGCACAGGUUUCUACCGUAGACCGGUGAGAUUGCUCGAGAGUAUUGGGAAUUCCACCAGUCAAAGGGUUCGUUCGUUUAGCACUUGUUUUGUCUUCGUCAUAAUCCCAACAAGCUCAAGCAACGGAGGCUUUGGCUUCACCUUCACGCUAUCUCCGACCCCUGAUCGCCCUGGAGCCGCAUCCGCACAAUAUUUGGGAUUUCUCAACGAGCAGAACGAUGGGAACCCCACGAAUCACGUUUUUGCCGUUGAAUUCGACACGGUGCAAGGAUUCAAAGACGGCGAAGAUAGAAUAGGCAAUCACAUUGGUCUGAAUUUCAACAGCCUCACGUCGGACUUUCAAGAACCCGUCGUGUACUACGACAGCGACGACCCUAACCGCAAAGAGGAUUUCUCGCUUCAGAGCGGCGAUCCGAUUCGAGCACAUUUGGAUUACGAUGGACCUACACAAACCCUUAAUUUCACCGUUUAUCCGGCGGAUUUGAAGUCCAAACCCAUAAAACCUUUGAUAUCGCGACAGAUUCCAAAGCUGUUGGAGAUCGUGCAAGAAGAAAUGUACGUCGGCUUCACAGCAGCGACGGGGAGAGAUCAGUCGAGUGCUCAUUACGUGAUGGGUUGGAGUUUCUCAAGCGGCGGAGCAAAUCCGGUUGUAGAUACGCUCGACCUCUCGGAGCUUCCUCCUGCGCCUCCCAAUACGGCGAAGACGAGAGGUUACGAUCCUCAGGUCCUCGCUCUGAUCGUGGCUUUAUCGGGAGUAACGCUGAUCUUGCUUGCGUUGCUGUUCUUCUUCGCGAUUUACAAAAAGCGAUUGCAACAAGGAGAGAUCCUCGAAGACUGGGAAAUCAAUCAUCCUCACAGACUCAGAUACAAAGACCUCUACGCUGCUACUGACGGGUUCAAGGAGAGUCGGAUCAUCGGAACCGGAGGAUUCGGAACCGUUUUCAGAGGAAGCAUCUCUACGCCUUCGUCUGACCAAAUCGCCGUGAAGAAGAUCACUCCGAACAGCAUGCAAGGUGUUCGGGAAUUUGUGGCAGAGAUCGAGAGCUUAGGGCGUUUGAGGCAUAAGAACCUGGUCAACCUCAGAGGAUGGUGCAAACACAAAAACGAUCUCUUGCUAAUUUACGAUUAUAUCCCCAACGGAAGCUUGGACUCGCUGCUCUACAGUAGACCGAGACAAAGCGGCGCCGUUUUGUCCUGGAACGCGCGUUUUCAGAUCGUCUCCGGAAGAAGACCCACGGACUCCGGAACCUUCUUCUUGGCCGAUUGGGUAAUGGAACUGCGUGCUAGUGGUGAGAUUCUCCCUGCGGUCGAUCCGAGACUCGGAUCUGGUUACGACAGAGGAGAGGCAAAGCUCGCUCUCUCCGUCGGCUUGCUCUGUUGCCAUCAAAGACCGGCUUCUCGGCCGUCGAUGAGAAUGGUGCUUAGGUACUUGAACGGAGAUGAAGAUGUUCCUGAGAUAGACGACCAUUGGGGGUAUUCAGAUUAUUCAAGAAGCGAUUCAGGAUCCAAAUUUGAAGGCUAUGUUUCGUCGGAUAAAGCUUCUAGCUCAGUCGCAUCUUUCUCCAUCACCAGGAUAUCUUCGAGCUCUGUUAUGAGCGGUAGAUAG